CCUAAAUUUAAAUUAACAACAAAAUUAUUAUUUAUUUUUUGGGGCCAAUUUUGACUAUGUAGCUGUGGCACUUGACUUUGUGUAUGUAUUAUCUAGUGGAAACCUGACAGCGCUGGUAGCUGUCCAGUGGUAGUAGUCAACUCAACUCACACCUCUGAUGUUGAAGUUUGAAGAGGAAGACGUCGGACUAACUACUGGAUUGAAUUGUAGUUUUUGAUUUUUCGAAAUAGUUUUUACUCUUGGUGGAACGUUGGAUAUCGAGCAGGGGGUUUCAAUCAAGGAAAAGGAUUAUAUCACCGUAUUCAAUAAUUGGUAUUCAACACUAAUUGAAUAACAUUUAUGUGACAAUUUACGUGUACAAAAUGGAGGUGAUGAUGAAGCCAUAGUGAUGAUACCAUGAUCUGUUCCUGAUCCUUGGUCCAUCUAAUUCCUUUAAACUUAAGAUGGAAUCAGCAAUCGCUCCACCACCUCCUCCUCCUCCUCCUCCUCCACCACCUCCCCUUGCCCCCCCACCACCUCCCCCUGCCCCCUCCCCCAGGCCCCCUCCUCCCCCUGGCAUAGGCUUCGGGCCAUCCACAGGCCGUCAGCUUAAUGUCUCCAAGAUGCGUAACUUCAACUGGGAUGCGAUCCCCAAACACGUGGUGGUGGGCAAACACAACAUCUGGACGGAAGAGAAGACCCUGGGAGAGUAUGAGCUGGACACUAGGAGGAUUGAGGAGCUGUUCAGUCAUAGCCAGCAGCAGGGACAGGGACAAAAGGCUCUGAACAGACAGAGUAUCAGAGGCAAGCCAACCAACAGCCAGGGCACAGAAGUGGUCUCCAUUCUGAACUCCAAGAGGAGCAUGAAUGUUGGGAUCUUCCUGAAACAGUUCAAGAGGCCAGUAGGGGACAUGAUCAAGGACAUCAGUUCAGGAAACGGAUUGAAAUUUGGGACAGGUAAACUGAAGGAGCUGUGUAAGCUGCUGCCAGAGAAAGAAGAGGUGAAGCAGCUAGUUGGGUUUAAAGGGGACCAGUCAGCUCUUCCUGAAGCAGACCUGUUUAUGAUGCUACUUAUCAAGGUUCCCAGUUAUGAGGAGCGCCUCAACAGUUUAGUUCUCAAAGAAGAGUUUUUUCCACUCAUGGAUGAAAUGAAACAAUCCAUCGCCACCAUGAUCACAGCUGGAAAAGAGCUGUUAGAGAGUGACGAUCUACACUCUGUGAUCCGCCUGGUUCUGAAGACUGGAAACUACAUGAACGCUGGUGGCUAUGCCGGCAGUGCCAUUGGCUUCAGGGUGGCAUCGCUACUGAAACUAGUGGACACAAGGGCCAACAAACCAGGCAUGAACCUCAUGCACUAUGUAGUCAUGCAAGCUCAGAAGGUUGAUGUGGCCCUGCUGAAAUUCCCGGACAAACUCACACACAUCGCUGAUGCAGCAAGGAUCCAUAAGGAGGACAUAGAGAGUGAGUUUCAGAGAGAAUUGAAGAAAGUAAAGGAGGCGAAGGAGGAGGCGCAGAAACAGGAGGAGCUACGGGCUCAGAUGGAGAACUUUCUCAAGGAAGCAGAGUGUCGUCUGGCUGAGACUGAGCUCUCUCUGCAGUCGCUGGGUUCAGUCAGUGACUCAGUGGCUGAGUACUUCUGUGAAGACCCCAGCAAGUUCAGACUGAAUGAAUGCUGCUCCAUCUUCAACUCUUUCUGUGAGAAAUUCCUGAAGGCCAUCCAGGAGAACCGUGAUCGUGAGGUGGCGGAGGUAAAGAGGAGAACCAGAGACAGACUGCUGAGUGAUGCUAAUGCUGCUAAACGCCGUUCCACCGCCACCUGCUCCAUACGGGACAAGGCCGUGGAGGGUGUGGCCCUGGAGUCCGUACUACGGAAGGUCCUGACCAGUCGUGUGUCCCAAAGGAGAAAAGGCUCGGGCAUGCCCUCCCCCACCAUUAGCAGACUGUCAGAGGUUCCCAUUCAAGCAAACCUUCCCUCGGCAGAACGGGGAAAUCGAGGUUGUGUCAAGGCCACGGAGGUGUGUAAGGAGAAUGAGUGGAACUCAGCCAGAGAUCUGGCUGGGACCUCUCAGAGUGACCAGAAGGACCAGUCCCACAGCAAAAGGAACCUGAAGGAGAAUGUGGUUCCACAUCCUGAGGAGACACAGCAGAACCCUAAGAAACCACAUGGUUCUACACAGCCAACCAGGAGAACCGGUAGCAGCAGCUCCUCCUCCUGCACCUCCACAGGUAGACCCAUCUCAGUGACGAUGAAGGACAAGGAGGAAAAGGAGGAGGAGGAGGGAAAUGAGGAAGAAGCCCAGAAGUUGCGUGAAGUGUCCAGGAAGGUUCUGAGGUAUCAGAGCAGCCGUGGUAGUCUUUCGUCUGAGGAGUACGGCCUGGAGCAGCAGAAGUCUCCUAAUGCCACCAAUAAUACUAACACCUCCACAAGAUCACCUAACGCUACGUCCACUAAUGCUACAUCCUCCACCAUCUCCACCAUCACCACCACCUCCCCUCACCAGAGGACCUUCCAAGAGGACAGACAGCGGCUGCUGGGAGAUGCAUGUAGAGGCAGCGAGAGCCUGGCUAGAUACCUCCUCAACCCUCACCUCUCCCCCAAGGAAAUACUCAACCGCAGACACACCUUCACCCUCACCCCUAAAGCCCCUCCUACUGAGGAAGAGGAAGAGGAUGAUCUGUUUACUUUUCCUGCUACACCAUCUCCUACUCUGGGGGUCACAGGGAGGAUGAAGUCAGAAGACACUGAUCUGAAGUCCCUGAAACAAAGAGCCUCUGGAGGACCUAACCGUACCAACCUCCCUGGCCACUCUGAGAAGCCUUGUGUCCGAGGCCUGGUGUCAAAUAGCUCCAUGUCAAAACACAUAGACUUGACAACAAGUCUCAACAUCCCCAGGGACUCUGAAAACAGAGGCUUGGAGGUAGUCACCAUCCCUCACCACUCUGAGACAUCUGGUGCCCAGCAGGAGAAGGUGUCCAACAGCUUGUCAGCAGCAGAGAGGCCUACACACAUAGAGCUAGGAGAGCUGAACCAAGACAAGAGCUCCUCUAUAGUCAAGACAAAACCUCCCUCCUUACACCUAGAACUGAACCAGAACCAGGAUGAGGAGAUAAAGGAGUUUUCUCCCGCUCCUCUCCAUAUACUCGUCUCCCAGAAACCCAAACAGGCUGACCCUCCUCAGAGCCCCAAACACAAUAUGGCUAACCCUUCUAAGAGCCCGAAGCCCAAACUUUCAGAGGGCAACGGAUUCAUGUCUUUUUUUAAACGCCUGGGAGAGAGGAGCAAGCCAAUGUGAGGAAUCUGGUGUCCAAGACCUGAUGUUCAAGACCUGAUGUUCAAGACCUGAUGUUCAAGACCUGAUGUUCAAGACCUGGUGUUCAAGACCUGGUGUACAAGAGUGUGAGCAUAGAGACCUACACACACUUUGUCCAGGACACUUUGUCCAGGACAAAGGAGUCUGUCCUGGACAAGCCCUGAGCCCGAAGCCCAAACCAGACGGCUAUGGAUUGAUGUCCUUCUUUGAACGCCUGGGGAAGAAGAGCAAGCCUUGCUAACAACAAGGAUAUAGACUCUAGACUUGCUCUAGACUCCUGAUUCAUCUAUUAAUUCAGAUUCAGACUACUAAGGCAGAUGUUUCAUUGUUCUAUGGACCUGGCCCUAUGGACUAUUAAAUAUAUGUAUAUCCAUCCAGCCAUUAAUUUUUAUAAAGGUUUAAUUCAAACAGAUUGUUGAAGUGGAUUUGAAGUGGAAAAUGUAUGAUAUGUUGGGACUGGGAGAAUUUGUCCAAAAGUGCAGUGUGAACUUUAUUCCACUAGGUGGCAGAGUGAGAUAACAACGCCACAUGUAGUGUGCCUGUAGGCCAGUGGUUCGCAACCAGGGGUACUAGGACUCCUAGGGGUACUUGGCCUAUCGACAAAGGGUACUUGAGAACACUAAUACGACCAUAGACCUACUGGUAAAAUACACAAGAGGGGGUACUUCAGGGGUACUCCAGGCAGAGUUAAAUUCAGUUGGUGGUACAGUAACCAAAAACAGUUGGAAACCACCGCUGUAGGCCACCAACAAAUGACUGUUUAUUUAUUCUACCACCACAUAUUCCCACAAAGAGGAGCAUGACACUUACCCUAAUUUGUUACAAAUGUCUUUAAUAAUAGUGAUAUUCUUACAUCAGUAUUCUUCUCACUGAAUAUGCACAGCAAAAUAAAACCACUGUUGAGUAGGAGGAGCCAAUGUAAUCUUUGUCUUGGAAAAUACUGGAACUAUCUUUGCCAUUUACAGUAGUAUUGCAAUAUAUUGCCGGAGGAUAUAUUUACAGAGCUGUAGAAAUGACAUUCAAUUAAUUUCGAGCGACGAGGGCCUGUAAAGAGAAGUAAACAGUAUUAAGAUAAAAAAAACAUUUCAUGGACAGAAUGUUAAAGAAUAAAAGUGUUUUGUAUUACA